AUGUCGCAAGUCGAUCCCAAAGAAACGGACGUCAAGAUCUCCGAGACCUACAAUGCAGAUGACGCCGACCUCGUACUUGUCUCCAGUGAUGAAAUCCAUUUCAAAGUACAUUCUUACUAUCUAAAAGCAGCUAGUGUCGUUUUCCGCGCCAUGCUUGACAGUCCGAACCUAGACGCCAAGAAAGGGGACCGACCACUACCAACGAUCUAUCUGACGGACAAUGACAUCGAGACGGCAGAAGUACUCGAGGGCGCCCUGGGCAUCAUCUACGAAAGACCGUUUCCCCCAGACCCAGCAGAGUAUCGGGACGAACUGCGUAAAAUCAUUCCUCUCUUGCGAAAAUAUGAGUGUGAUGGAACAAUAGCGAGAAUUCGUUUGCUACUUCAUAGCUGGAUUACCUACAGCAAUCAUGGUGCCUGGUCGGCAUUCCUCGUGUCGGUAGCCAUGGACGAUAUCGUGACAUGUGCUCGAGCGAUGCGUCGCGCAGGAAAAUGUGGCCUCUCGGGGUCUAGUGUACUGCAAGGUGCCCAAAAAUCGACGACUGUGUUUGAUCUAGGAAGCCUAUCACUGACAACGUUCAGUAAGAUACCAGGACCAACGGUAUGGGCCAUUCUUCGAGCGACAAAGAGCCAACCGACGAGCACUGAAGGCUGGAACGAGAUUGCAGAUCAAUUCCUCAAGUUACUCGAAGUAAAAGCCGUGAACGGACGAGACGAUAAUGGGGGUGUCCUGGGAAUCGAAGGAGGAAAUGAUGGCGGGAGCGUAUGA